CCGCCCACCAGGCCGCCACCACCACCAGCAGCACUCCAGCAGCAGCAGCAGGAUCUCGACGCCGCCGCGCCUCCGUGUUCCUCUCUCCACCGACCGUCGCCGCCCCGCCCUUCAUGGCCGGGCAGUCCGACCCGCACCUCUCCAUCUUCUCGCCCUCCGAGGUGGAGUUCGCGGCGGAGGAUGAGAUCGUCGACAUCGUCCCCAACAUCCGCAUGGAAGCCCUCAACAUGAUCUGCGGGGACUUCGGGCCCUUCUUCCCUCAAAUUCCGACCAAGGUGCCGCUCUGGCUCGCUGUCGCGCUCAAGAAGCGUGGCAAGUGCACCAUCCGCACCCCCAACUGGAUGACUGUUGACCGUUUGACACAGGUAUUGGAAGCAGAAAGAGAGUCCCCUCGAGAAUUCCAGCCAUUACCAUUCCACUAUAUUGAAAUUUCCAAGCUUCUGUUUGAUCAUGCUCGUGAUGACAUAUCAGAUGCAUACUUGGUGAGAUCUUUGAUUGAGGACAUCAGAGAUGUCAGAUUCCACAAGGUUGAGAAUGGAUUAGAGACAAUAUCGGGACGCACUCAUGCUGUAAAGCUCAAAAAUCUGUCUGCAAUGGAAGUGAACAUUGUCCGUCCUUUCAUGGUGAGAACUUUGCAGGCAUUCUAUAAGCACGAUAGUCCACAGAUGAUUCAGCAAGCAGAUAAUACAGGGAGCAGGCCAACACCAGUUACAGACCGUGGUCCAAGAAGAGAUCUAAGACGCAGGUAACGGGCUUUAUAUGCAUCUGCCUGUCGCUUGUAUUUACAGAUAAUUGGCUGUAUAUCUGAGGACGGCAGUAGUUGAAGGUAUUGGCAUUGCCUUGGUUGCAAUGUUACUAGCUAAGAAUAUGUUAAUGUCCUGACCCCUGAGAUCUAUUAGACAGUAAAGGCAGCAGUGCAUCGUCCAUUCAUUAGAAGGUUUUUUGGACUGUUCUAUUUGACCUGGUUGUAUCCUGUGACCAAGAGGAUACUGUCCUUGAAUGAUUGAACAACUGUAUGUCGUAGUUUGUUAGUUAUUACGCUUAAGCGGCUGGUAACACAUGCCUCACGGCCAUGGCCAGGCAUUGUAUUCUACUGCUUAUCCUGGAGCGGUACUAGAUGAGAUGGAUGUAUCCAUGCAUGGACUGUCGGAUAACACAGUUUCUGCCUUAGUUGGUUUGUUCUUCGCA